AUGGCUGACAGUAACUCAGAAAAACAUUCCCUUGGUUCUCCUCUAGCACCCAUAGUAAUGUGUGAAACCCAUGAACUACCUAUUGAUAUGAUAUGUGAGGACUGUGAUGAAUUCAUUUGUGCCAAGUGUGCCAAAACAAAUCAUAGAGAUCAUGACUGGAACACUAUAACCACGGCAGCCACCCAAAGGAGGAGAGGUCUACCUACAUUUCUGAACAAGAUCAAGGAAGAGGAUCUGCCUGGGAUUGAUGAGAAAAUAGAGAAGAUUCCACAACAGGUGACAGAAAAUAAAGAACUGUGUGAUGCUGAGAUUAAAAAACUUCAGAAGCAUGUUGAUGAGAUAAUAGGCAGGUUGAUAGAAAUAAAAAAAAGCCAUGAGCAGACAUUAAGUGACAAUUUAGUUGAAAAGAAUGAUCAAUUACACAAGGUGAAAUCUGAGUUGGAGAAAAAGAAAAAUGGAAUUGUUGACAUAGUGAAAUUCAUGGAGGAGAACAACAGCACCAUGUCAGAUUACAGCUUGAUUGACAAUCACAGAGAACUGACAAAAAUGCUGUCUGAAUUAAAUAUUCAUACCACAAACUGCAAACAUUCAACAAGGUUCACUAGAGGUGAAAUUAAUGAUGACUUAGUCGAAUCUUUGGUUGGAAAAACUUUACAUUUAGAUUCUAUUACUGUGACUCAGACAAAUUCAUUCCAAUAUGGAGGUGAAUCAAUAUUUGUUUUGAAGGCUUUCAGUGAAUUUCAAUGUUACAUAAAGAACGUUAUCUCAAAUUAUACAGAAAAAGUUGACAAUAAUGGUGCAAUAAAACAUAGAUAUAAUAUUUGUCCUAAUGACCUGUGUAUGACUGGAAACAGUGAUGUUUAUUUCACUGAUAAUAAAAACAAAUUAAUUACCAUCCUGUCACCAUCAGGAUCUGUUUCUACAGUCAUCAAAACAAAUCCACUGUUACCAAUGGGAAUCUGUCAAUCAGUGGACGGUGGACUACUGGUCACCUUGAGAGACACUGAAUCAGGUCAUUACAAUUUGGAAUCACACAGCAGACGUCUGGUGAGAAACAUCACAGUGACAGGUGACGUCAUCCAUGAGUAUGAGUACAAGGAGGACGGUCGGACCAGACUGUUUACAGCGCCACACAGAGUCACACAGAACAGUAACAGUGAUAUCUGUGUUGUGAACAUUAGAAGUAACACUACAGGUGAACUAGUGAUUCUGUCUUUCUCUGGUCGUAUGAAGUUUGUCUAUCGUGGACAGAACCUGACAAAGAACUUUGAUCCAACUGAUGUAGUGUGUGACUCUUACUGUAACUUCCUUGUUACUGACCCAUUUAACAAACAGAUCCAUCUACUGAGUCCUGACGGGAAGUUCCUGAAGUUCUUACUGACAGACAAUGAAGUGAACCGUCCACACUCACUGUCCCUAUACACAUCUACACUGUGGGUAGGAUACAAUAAAGGACUUGUAAAAGUGUAUAGAUACUCAGUGUAA